AUGUGCUUCAUCGUACCAAACAAGGCCGCGGCGGCGCCGGCCGCGGCCGCCGACAUUGUCGACGGGGAACAACACUUGACGCUCUCGCCUUUUGCCUUCUCGCCAACGACGGCGCCGAAGAAGAUGCCGGUCGUGGCCGACGACGAUGGGCAGCAGUACUACUGGACGGCGUUUUCGUCGCUGCAGGCCCAGGGGCCGGGGUUAAUGGCGGCGAAGACGGGCACGCGGCGGCCGGGCAGCGUGGCGGUGCGCUCCGUGUGGGCGCACAACCUGGAGGAGGAGCUCGCGCUGAUCUCCUCCCUGCUGCCGCGCUUCCGCUGCGCCGCCGUGGACACGGAGUUCCCGGGCACGGUGUACCGGCCCACGGUGCCGGCGUACGCGCUGACGCCGGAGAAGAGGCACGCGCUGCUCAAGGCCAACGUGGACGCUCUCCACCUCAUCCAGCUCGGCCUCACCCUCUUCGACUCCUCCGGCCGCCUCCCACAGCUCCAGAACCGAACCAAAACACAGUACGCCGUGUGGGAGUUCAACUUCCGGGAGUUCGACGUGCGCCGCGACCGGCACGCGCCGGAGUCGAUCGCGCUGCUGCGUGCCAAGGGCGUCGACCUCCGGCGCACGCGCGAGGAAGGGCUCGACGCGGCGCAGUUCGGGCCGCGGCUGCGCAAGCUGCUGCGGGCCGGGCUGGGCGCGGCCGGCCUGGUCACAUUCAGCGGCGCCUACGACGUGGCGUACCUGGUGAAGAUGAUGCUGGGGACCGGGUACCGGCUGCCGGCGUCCCCCGAGGCGUUCCAGGGCGUCGUCAGGGCCAUGCUCCGGAAGCGGCUCUACGACGUGAAGGAGAUGGCGCGGCGGUGCGGUUCGGCCGGCGGCGACCUGCGGGGCGGGCUGGACAGCCUCGCCGCCAAGCUCGGCGUGCCGCGGGCCGUCGGGGAGGCCCACCAGGCCGGCUCCGACAGCCUGCUCACGUGCCAGGCGUUUAUAGAGAUCAAGGAGAGGUUCUUUGCUAAUGAUGACGAUGAGCUUGCGACCGUCGCCGGUGUCGUCGCCGGGAUCACGGCGUGGUGA